AUGGUGAAGCCUAUUGUGCCUGAAGAAGCAGAACUCAAUCCUGAAUUGUAUGGAUUAAGAAGAUCUACUAGAGAGAGAAGAGUAGCUACAUUGGUAGAAAGUGACGAAGAAGAUUAUGAUAUUCCAAAGAGGAAGAAAAAGAAAGUGGAUCGUAACUUUGAUGAAGAUGAGAGUGAAGGCGACGAUGAAGGGGAAGAAGAAGAUGAAGCAAGUGAAGAUGAUGAUGAGUUUGUUGAUUCAGGAUACGUCAAGAAAAAGAAAUUGAAAACAAAGUCAUCUUCAAUGAAAUCAAAAUAUUCACAUACUCCAAAAAGAUCAACAACUCCAAGCUUACCAGCAGAAAUAAGAUUCUCAUCUAGAAAUAGUAAAACUGUAAAUUAUAAUGUCGAUUAUGAUAAUGAUGAUGAUUUAUUAGAAAGUGAUGGCGAAGUUGAUAGAUCCAUGGAAGAUGAUGAUGAUGAAAAUGGUGAUUAUUACUAUUAUCAACAAGCUAAUGAACCUGAAAAUGAAAGAGGGGUCGAUUUAGUAAUGGAUCAUAAAUUAAAUGAAGAUAACGCUGAACAAACAGGAGAUGCUAAAUUAGAUUAUUUAUUUAAAAUAAAAUGGUCAGAUGCUUCCCAUUUACAUAAUACUUGGGAGAAAUGGUCAAUCUUGAAAGAUUUUAAAGGAUUUAGAAAAGUGGAAAAUUAUAUUAAACAAUUCAUUUUAUCGGAUCAAGAAAUCAGAAAUGAUCCUUUAACUACAAGAGAAGAUAUUGAAGCUAUGGAUAUCGAAAGAGAAAGAAAAAGAGAUGAACAAGAAGAAUAUUGUCAAGUGGAAAGAAUUGUGGAAAGUGAAAGAAUUGAAACUGAUAAUGGGGAAUCUAAAUUACAAUAUUUUGUAAAAUGGAGAAGACUUUAUUAUGAUGAAUGUUCUUGGGAAGAUGGUGAAGAAAUUGCGAGAAUCUCUCCUGAACAGGUUUCAAAAUAUCAACAACGUCUUAAAUCUAAAAUCUUACCUAAUUUAUCGGCAAAUUAUCCUAUGUCUCAACGUCCAAGAUUUGAAAAAUUGGUCAAACAACCUGUAUUCAUUAAAAAUGGGGAAUUAAGAGAUUUCCAAUUGACAGGGUUAAAUUGGAUGGCCUUUUUAUGGUCAAGAAAUGAAAAUGGUAUUUUGGCCGAUGAAAUGGGUUUAGGUAAAACCGUUCAAACUAUUGCAUUCUUAUCAUGGUUAAUCUAUGCUAGAAGACAGAAUGGUCCUCAUAUAGUGGUAGUACCUUUAUCAACUGUACCUGCUUGGCAAGAAACUUUUGAGAAAUGGGCUCCUGAUGUUAAUUGUCUUUAUUAUUUAGGUAAUACUCAAGCAAGAAAGACAAUUAGAGAUUAUGAAUUUUAUAAUGCUAACGGGAAAAUAAAAUUUAAUGUUUUAUUAACUACUUAUGAAUAUAUUUUAAAGGAUAGAUCAGAAUUAGGAUCUGUUAAAUGGCAAUUCUUAGCUGUUGAUGAAGCUCAUAGAUUAAAGAAUGCCGAAUCUUCAUUAUAUGAAUCAUUAAGAGGAUUUAAGGUUUCAAAUAGAUUAUUGAUUACUGGUACACCAUUACAAAACAAUAUGAAAGAAUUAGCUGCAUUAUGUGAUUUCCUUAUGCCCGGUAAGUUCAGUAUUGAACAAGAAAUUGAUUUUGAAACUCCUGAUGAAGAACAAGAAUUAUAUAUUAAAGAUUUACAAAAGAAAAUUCAACCGUUUAUAUUAAGAAGAUUAAAGAAAGAUGUGGAAAAGUCCUUGCCUUCUAAGACUGAACGUAUUUUAAGAGUUGAAUUAUCAGAUAUGCAAACGGAAUAUUAUAAAAAUAUCAUUACUAAGAAUUAUUCUGCUUUAAAUGCUGGUAAUAAAGGGGCUCAAAUUUCAUUAUUAAAUGUCAUGAGUGAAUUGAAAAAAGCCUCCAAUCAUCCUUACUUAUUCGAUGGUGCUGAAGAUCGUGUGUUAGCUAAGGCGGGUUCUGCUUCCAGAGAUAAUAUCUUAAGAGGUAUUAUUAUGUCAUCUGGUAAAAUGGUAUUAUUAGAACAAUUAUUAACAAGAUUGAAAAAGGAAGGUCAUCGUGUCUUAAUUUUCAGUCAAAUGGUAAGAUUAUUAGAUAUUCUUGGAGAUUAUUUAUCUAUUAAAGGGUAUCAAUUUCAAAGAUUAGAUGGUGGUAUACCGUCUGCCCAAAGAAGAAUCUCCAUCGAUCAUUUCAAUGCUCCUGAUUCCAAAGAUUUUUGUUUCCUUUUAAGUACUAGAGCUGGUGGGUUAGGUAUUAAUUUAAUGACGGCUGAUACUGUUAUUAUAUUUGAUUCAGAUUGGAAUCCUCAAGCUGAUUUACAAGCCAUGGCUCGUGCUCAUAGAAUUGGUCAAAAGAAUCAUGUAUCAGUGUAUAGAUUUGUUAGUAAAGAUACCGUUGAAGAACAAAUUUUAGAAAGAGCUAGAAAAAAGAUGAUUUUAGAAUAUGCUAUUAUUUCAUUAGGUAUAACUGAUCCAAAUGCUAAGAAGAGUAAAGCUGAACCAUCUACUGAACAAUUGAGUCAAAUUUUAAAAUUCGGGGCUGGAAAUAUGUUUCAUGCUAAUGAUAAUCAAAAGAAAUUAGAAGGUUUGAAUUUAGAUGAUGUUUUAAGUCAUGCAGAAGAACAUGUUACAACUCCUGAUCUUGGAGAAUCUAAUUUAGGUUCUGAAGAAUUCUUAAAACAAUUUGAAGUUACUGAUUAUAAAGCUGAUGUGGAAUGGGAUGAUAUUAUUCCACAAGAAGAAUUAUCUAAAUUGAAAGAUGAUGAAAAGAGAAAAGCUGAUGAAGAAUAUUUACAACAACAAAUUGCCAUGUAUUCAAGAAGAAAAGCAGCUGUACGUAAAUUUGAAAAUGGAUCAGUCGCUCCUAGUGAUAUUGAAGAUGAUGAUGAAGAUCUGUCAUCUUCAAGUAGACCAAGAAGAAGAAAUGCUGGUGAUCAUCAAUUAUCCGAAAAGGAAAUCAGAGGUAUUUAUAGAUCUAUUUUAAGAUUAGGUGAUUUAACUGGUAAAUGGGAACAAUUAGUGGAAGAAGGUAGUAUUACUAAUAAGAAUCCUGUAUUAGUUAAACAUGCUUAUAAUGAAAUCAUCAAUACUGCUAGAGAGUUAGUUAAAGAAGAAGAAGCAAGAAGAACUAAAGCUUUAGCUGAAUUAGAAAAGAAAGCUUUAGAACAAAAGAAUAAUAAUGAAUCUAAUACCACUGCACUUUGGAUUGCAAAGAAAAAGGAAAAGAAAGCGGUAUUAUUUGAAUAUCAAGGUGUUAAGAAUAUUAAUGCUGAAUUAGUAUUAAGUAGGCCUAUUGAUAUGAAAGUUUUAGAAGCUUUAAUUCCAAAGGAGAAUCCAACAGCAUUUAUCUUACCAAGACAUCCAAAACAAGUUUCCGCUUGGUCAUGUGAAUGGAGUCCAAAGGAUGAUGCUAAGUUAUUAGUAGGUGUAUUUAAGUUUGGGUAUGGAUCAUGGUUACAAAUUAGAGAUGAUCCAAUUUUAGGAUUACAAAAUAAGUUAUUCUUAGAGAAUGUUCCUGCAGUAGCUGGAAGUCAAGCUAAUGGAUCAUCCAAGAAAUCUAGUAAGGAUAAAACUAAGAAAGUACCUGGAGCUGUUCAUUUAGGUAGAAGAGUUGAUUAUUUGUUUGCAUUAUUAAGAGAAGAUGAUGAACCAGGUAAUUCAACUCCAAGUAGUGGAGCUAUUCCUAAGAAGAGAAUUAGAAAACCAAAAGCUGAGCCAACAGUUUCUAAUCCUACUACUUCUACUAAAGUUAAGAAAUUAUCUACCAAAUCUCAAUCACCUGAACUUUCAUUAAAGAAGAUAUUACCCAAGAAACCAAGUCAUAAACAUUCACCAGUAACUUCCAGUAACAAUUCACCUAGACUUGAUAAUCAUGGUCACCCUCAUCAUAUCAAAAUCAAACAUGAAACUAAUGAACAACAUAAUGAUUUAGAGUAUGAUAGUUUGGAUGAAGGUGUUUGUAAAGUAUCAUUAAAACCAGUAUCUAAAUCUUUAAUCAGAUUACAUAAAGGUAAUAAAGGUCUUGAUAAACAUGAAUGGGCUAGUAUAUUAAGAAAAGAAUUAGUUACGAUUGGAGAUCAUAUUGAACAAGUAUUAAAACCAAAGAAAGAUGAUGUUGAAAGAGCCAAAUUAAACAAACAUUUAUGGUCCUAUGCUGGACUUUAUUGGCCAGCAAAAGUACCAAGUAAAAAGAUUAAUGAUAUGUAUAAUAGAGUCAAGGGUCAAACCUCAACCACUUCCCUGAAGUGA